ACACAUAGCCGCGGUGCCACGCAGGAAGAUGCGCAGUCCCAUCCCAGGCCUGGGCAGGGUGAUGGUGUUCCUCGCAGCAGCCCUGGCAUCAGCCUCCCUCGCUGUCCCCGAGGGCUGGGGAGAGGAAGGUGUGCAAUAUGGACAGGUGGGGACAGAUGUGACCCUGUCGUGCACCAAUACCCACGCCAGCUUGCCGGUGCAAUGGAGACGGGCGGGUGCCGUGGCACUUCCAGAGGGCUCAGCCAUCCGGCAAGGAGCCCUGGUGCUGCCGUGUGCCAGCCUGGCCACUGCAGGAACCUACAGCUGCCACGGCGAGGAUGGUGACCUCCUGCAUGCUGUGUCCCUGCGGCUGGGGUACCUGCCAGGAGUCCCCUUUGUGUCGUGCAGAGCAUCUGACUAUGAGAAUUUCUCCUGUUCCUGGACCUCAAGCGUGGAGACCUUCCUCCCUACCAGAUACAUCACCACCUACAGGAAGAAGUCGCUGACGGGUGAAGAGAAGAGGAGGAACAAGAACGGGCACAUGGGGCCGUGCCUGCAGGAUCCAUCCCGCCCCGGUACCUGCACGGUCCAUGGGUCAGAGUUCUGGAGCUCCUACCGCCUGAACAUCACCGAGGUUAACCCCCUGGGCUCCAGCUUCCGCCUCCUCGAUGUCACCAUGCAGGCCAUCAUUAAGCCAGACCCUCCAGAGGGCUUGGUGGUGGAGCCCAUACCCCUGGCCCCACGGCGACUCCAUGUGAGCUGGAAGUACCCCUCCUCCUGGCCCAAGGAACCUCACUUCCAGCUCAGAUUUCGACUCCAGUACCGGCCCAUCAUCCACCGCUCCUGGUCUGUGGUGGAAACCGUGAACCUGUCUGAGGUGAUCACAGAUGCCUUCGCCGGGCUGGAGCAUGUGGUACAAGUCAGCGCCAAGGAUUUCCUGGAUGCGGGGAACUGGAGCGAGUGGAGUGCUGAGGCCCGGGCAACACCGGUCAGAGACCUGGCCACUGCAGCGAGUAAAGAAACCACUACAGACGCCAGCCUGGAGAGCCUGGCCGAGGAGCCUUCCCAGGCUCCCAACCCUGAGCCCAUCAACCACAGCGACCCCCUGGAGAAGAUGGCUGUUCUGGUGUCCCUCGGGAUCUUCGCCUUCUUCAUCCUGGCUGCUGUUCUUGUCAUCACCAUCCUCAUCUGGCUCCGGGUGAGGAAACACGGCAAGGACAAGACAAAACCCCACAACUUCUUGAUUGCUGCCACCCACUUGAAGGCACUGCCAAAGGCCCAGAUCCUGUAGUGAGCCCCGGCUGAUCCCUGCUCCCUGCACCCGCUUGCCCACGCGUGGGACAUGAUGCCACUGCUGGCCCCCAAGGACCCCACACCUCCCGGGUCACCCCACAGCUGUGGACAUUGCUGGAGCCCUCAGCAUCUUGGGGGUGCAGGAUGGACACUAAGGAGAGAGGCUCUGCUCCCAGGAGCUUUGGGCUGCCUGUGCUUGCCAAGAGCCGGCUGGAGGCACCUCAGACUUGGGGCGAGAGGCCAGCCCCACCGCCGGGCGCUGCUGAACAUAUGGGGAUAAGAUGAUGAGCCAGCCCCACUUCACUGCCUAGUGUUGAGGGGGACCAUGGGUGCAGGCUCCCAGGGGUGAGCAGGGGGGUGCUGAGCCCUGCCCGUCACGCCCCACCAGCCACCAGCAGGCAGAUGGGACCCCCAUCCCGUCCCUCUGCCCCUCUCUCCCAUGCUGUGGCUGGAUGUGGCAAUGAUGUCAAUAAAGGGGAUAGCAUUGGCACUGCACAGGCAA